AUGGUGGAAGACACACCUGAGGAGGAUGGAGAGGGAAACUCAUGGUUGCACAAGCUUGGAAUUAAUAUAAACAAGUGGUCAUUUCUGAAUUCCCUGAUUGGAUGGAGUGAAGACAGAACUCAAGAGAAAGAUCAAUUUACCACAUCUGGAGUUUCUUCUGCUGCUGAUCACAAAGCAACUGAGCUGGAGGAAUGUACAACCAAAAAGGUGCCAUACAUUCCAUACAGGUUAGCUACACUGCAUAUCAUCAAGAUUGUAAAAGACAUGCAGCAAAUGAAGAACAGACACAUGAAGAUAAUCAGAAAACUAGAUGAUAUGAGGAAAGAAAAGGAGGAGGAGACUAUAACUACUAUAAAGAAACAUUACAGUGAGAAAAUGAGGUGUCUGAAAUCCCAUUUAGAAGCUUACCAAGAGCUGAUGACCAAGAGCAACGUACACUGGCAAGAUACAGUUAAGAACCUAAGAUUAAAAAACAGACAACUGAUCCAAGAGAAUGAAGAUAUUCUUUACCAAAUGAAACAAAGAACAGAGAACUGGAGAAAAGAAAAGGUCUGGAUUAUAGAAAAUUUGUGUAAAAAGCUAGAUUACCUUUAUACACAGCACACACUGACUUUACAGGAACUACACAACAUCAGUUUACACGUGGAAAGAUUGCAAGACCUCAUGAAUUUCCAGAUAAAAAAUCUUCAGCAAAAGUCUGAAAAGGCAGGAGGAGAAAAUUCAGAUAUGUCAGAGGUUUUAAUAUUAAAAACAGACCAAGCAGCUGAUGAAGAAAGGAAGAUUGACUGGUCAGUGGAAAAGGAAUAUCUUUGGCAAACACACACCAUCCUGCAAGAGAUACAAGAAUCUGUACAGAAACGAGAGAGGGAAGUCACUGAGCUCUUACAAAGUGAAAGAAGAUUUAACAAGGCAAUGAAACCUCAAGUGACUGUGCUAAUACUCUUGAAAUCUCUUAUCAAGAUGGUUCACACCAUAUAUUGUGAUGUUCCUGGGGCACAGCAACGCAUCCAUCAGUUUAUCAGGAAGAAUGAGGAUGAAAGAUCUGAUCUGGAAGAAGUUUUUAAUAAUGCUCAGGCUGACAUUCUGUCGUAUGAAAUAUUUUGUGGGAAUGAACAUAUGGAUGACACAAGGACACGCCUCCCAACAAAGCUUUUCAGAAACAUUGGGAAAGCAAAGUCUGAUUUAGAAUAUGUUGAAACAGAAAAAAUUGUGUUUGACUGCAUCCAGACAGGAGAAAUCCCCAACUGGAUUAAGAGUGAUUGUCUUUAUGUAGACUGGUCAGAAGACCCUGCAAUAUGCUCUGAGGAGAUAGAGUCACCAUUCCGAGAAACUCAUGCUGAAGUUUAAAAUGGAAAUCAAGGUAAUACCUUACAA